AGUAACAGAUACCUAGUGCAUGUUACGGAGACGAAGAACUGUCAUAAUUACUAUAGGAAUUCUGUUUUCUAUCGCCGUUUGCUUGUCGACAUAUUUGUACAGGCAAGACAGGGAGGACAGAAAAGCCAAGAGGUCAGUGAAGAUAAAAAAACAUACAGUAAGAGACCACAUUGAUAGCUCGAUCCACGACUCCUUUUACGUUCAUCAGUUUGAUCGAAAAUCUCCGGAGCAGACAAAAAUAGCAAGCGAUCACAAUCCUGAAAAUAAUGCCGUAAACACCUUUUAUUACCAAAAACUGAAGAGUGCUCCUUGUGUUCCAUUUCAAACAUGGAGGGGGAUGAUAAAAAUAUGUACCCACGACCCAAAGCAAGACACUAUGAUAUCGGCAUUUGUUCAUGAGUUUGCUACCUGGGAACAGGAUUUUCUCAAUGCUACCGGGGAUAUUUUGACAAAGAACCAACAAAUAACGUUCGUAGAUCUGGGAUGUAACAUUGGAGUGUAUACACUGUUUGCAGCUAAACUCGGAAUACCGGUCGUAUCGGUGGAUAUUUUUGAUAAAAAUCUUGCUCUUUUGUCCAAAUCUUUAGAAAUUAAUUCACUGAAAGAAAAUGUCACGUUGGUACAUAACGCCAUUUCGGAUGAACGUCAAAAUGUUACGAUUGAGGUCGUAGAAAAUAAUAUCGGGGGAUCAUAUGUGAAACCCUUAAAAACUGACAGAAUGUCACGGCAAAUCAUCAUCGGGUCAAUUUUUUUGGAUGAUUUAAUUCCACUGAUUAAAACCAAAGACGUUUUUGUAAAAAUGGACAUAGAGGGAACAGAACUUAAAGCUUUAAAAGCGGCAAAGAAUUUCUUCCAAACAGUGAAUGUUAAAGGUAUAUUAAUGGAAUGGGUUUUGCAUAAGAAUAAUCCAAGUGGAAAGGAAAUUAUAAAGAUCAUGGUUGACAACGGGCUGAUGCCUUAUUGGGAUCACCAACAGUUAGUUCCCUUGAAAAUCGGCGGGUAUACCUAUUGGCCGGAAAAUGUGUUCUGGAUAAAACGAUAA